GAUGUAGUCCUCACCAUGUUCCUCUCCUCUCUCUUCCAGACUGAGAUUGCUAAACGGCUCAACGCAAUUCUCGCACAGAUCAUGCCUUUCCUGUCACAAGAGCACCAGCAGCAGGUUGCUCAGGCUGUUGAGCGGGCCAAGCAGGUCACGAUGACUGAGCUCAAUGCCAUCAUCGGGGUACGUGGACUUCCCAAUCUGCCUCUCACCCAACAGCAACAUGCUGUCUACCCAGCCUUCAUGCAACAGCAGCUCCAGGCUCAGCACCUGUCCCACGCUGCCCACGGUGGGCCACCCAUCCAGAUGCCCCCGCACCCCUCGGGCCUACAGCCCCCCGGCAUACCCCCCAUCCCUGGCGUGGCAGGCUCCGGUCUGCUGGCGCUGGGCGCUCUGGGCAGCCAGGCCCACCUGCCCUCCGUCAAGGACGAGAAGAACAACCACGACCUGGAGCACAGAGAACGAGAGUCGAGCACGAAUAACUCGGUGUCUCCGUCAGACAGCCUGCGUGCAGCCAGCGACAAACACCGCAGUUCCUCUGAUUAUAGCAUGGACUCCAAGAAACGCAAGGUGGAGGAGAAGGACGCUAUGAGCAGAUACGAUAGCGACGGAGACAAAAGUGACGACCUGGUGGUGGAUGUGUCCAAUGAGGACCCAGCCACUCCCAGAGCCAGCCCCGCCCAUUCUCCUCCAGAAAACGGUCUGGACAAAUCACGGGCCCUAAAGAAGGACGCCCCCAACAGCCCCGCCUCCGUGGCCUCCUCCGGCAGCACGCCCUCCUCCAAAGCCAAGGACCACGCCCACAAUGACAAGUCAUCCACGCCGGGCCUGAAGUCUAACACCCCCACACCUCGUAACGAUGCCCCCACACCAGGCACCAGCACCACCCCUGGUCUACGGCCCAUCAUGGGCAAGCCCUCGGGCAUGGAGGCACUGGCUGCUCCAGCCCUGCGUACCCCUUUGUCCAUAGCUGGCUCCUACGCCACGCCCUUCGCCAUGAUGGGCCACCACGAGAUGAACGGCUCCCUGACCAGCCCCGGGGUCUACGCCGGCCUCCACAUCUCCCCCCAGAUGAGCGUGGCCGCUGCUGCGUACGGACGCCGCCCAUG